AUGAGUUCCAGGGGGAUAUUCCAUUUAUACCAUUCUGUUUGGCACCUCAUUAUCUGCUACAUAAUUCCAAGCUCACAUUUUGAUCGUUUGGGUUGUAAAUUGAAAGGUUCUGACUCUGAGCUCAUCGGGGUUGAGAACCUUGGAGAUGUGUUAAUAGGAGCUGUGCUGCCAAUGCAUAUUGACAUAGAUUACCCUGAAGUGUCAUACAAAGAGCCCCCACAAAGAGGAGUCUGCAAAAUGUUCACCUUUGAAUAUUUCCAUCAUUUCCAAGUCCUGCAAUUUGCUUUGGAUGAGAUUAACAGAAAUAUAGAUCUUCUUCCGAAUGUUACUUUAGGAUUUCAUGUAUUUGAUACAUGUUCAGGACUUCAGCUAGAACUAGAUGCAACCCUUAGAUUAUUAACAGGUCAAAACCAGAGUAUACCCAACUACUCUUGCCAAGAAAAGCCACCUUUACCUGUCAUAAUUGGCCAUUCUGUAUCCACUGUCUCUAUUCUAAUGGCUUACAUACUUGGAUUGUACAAAUACCCACAGAUCAGCCAUUUCUCUACUAGUUCCCUUCUGAGUGACAGGACUCAUUUUCCUUCCUUCUUCAGAACUGUACCUAAUGAUGUCUUCCAAUCUCAAGGACUUGCCAAGCUUGUGUUGCAUUUUGGGUGGACAUGGGUUGGAUUGGUUGCCGUAAAUGAUGACUAUGGAGAACUGGGCAUUCAGGCUGUUAAGAAGGACAUCCUCAGUGCUGGAGCUUGCAUAGCUUUUACAGAAUAUAUUAUGACCAAUCUUUUGAACAACAAUGUGCUUCACUUAGCAAAGAUCAUUAAAGAUUCAACAGCCAAAGCUGUAGUUGUCUUUUCUACAGUUUCUGAUUUGGUUCCACUUCUGGAUGAGAUGGUGAAGCUGAAUGUGAGUGGGAAGAUAUUUAUAGCCAGUGAAUCCUGGUCCACCAUAAAGAUGUUGUUAGUGGAAAAAUACACUCCACUAUUAUCUGGUUUGAUUGGCUUUUCUUUCCACAGUUCAACAAUCCCACGGUUUCAACAAUAUUUAAACAGUGUUAAUCCCUUCAGUGCUUUAGGACAGGCUUGGGUAAAAAUAUUCUGGGAAAAUACAUUUGGAUGCAAAUUCUUUAACCAGAAUAUGGUGAAUAAUCCAUGGGAUAAUUCAUCAAAGUUAUGUACAGGAAAUGAAGAUCUAAAGAGUCUUCAGUCAAGCGUCAACGAUGUGUCCAACCUAAGAAGUGCCUAUAGUUUAUAUACAGCAAUUUAUCUCAUAGCCAAAGCAUUGCAUGAUUUACAGACAUGCCAAGAUGGAAGAGGGCCAUUUUAUAAUGGGAGCUGUACAGACUAUAAGAGCGUUAAACCAUGGCAGCUGUUGUAUUACAUUCAGAAUGUGCAUUUGAGGCUGAGCAAUGGGAGAGAGGUCUUCUUUGAUAAGAAUGGUGACCCACCAGCAAUAUAUGAUAUUGUGAAUUGGCAGCUGGGUGCAGAUGGGAUGAUGCACCAUGUGAAGGUUCCUACCUCUGUCUGCAGUGAGAGUUGUCCCUCUGGAUUCAGAAGACUAGUAGUAAGGGGAGCACCAAUCUGUUGCUUCCAGUGUGUUCCUUGUCCUCCAGGGGAAAUAUCCAACCAGACAGACUCAAUUGAUUGUACAAAGUGUCCAAGAGAUGAGUGGCCAAAUCAUAAUAAAGACAAAUGUCUCCCAAAGUUAAUAGAAUUUCUUUCUUAUGAAGAAACCUUAGGGGGCACACUAGCAGCUAUCAGCGCCACCUCUGCCAUUAUUCCGGUUUCCAUCUUUGGACUUUUCAUUCGCUACAAAACAACUCCUAUUGUCCGAGCAAACAAUUACAGUCUUAGUUGUGUUCUGCUGGUUUCCUUGACUCUCUGCUUCCUCUGCUCUUUGGUAUUCAUUGGUUACCCACAGCCUAAGAAGUGUCUUUUGCGCCAGGCAACAUUUGGCAUAGCUUUUGGCCUCUGUGUCUCUUGCAUCUUGGCCAAAACCUUUAUGGUCGUUUUUGCAUUUAUGGCUUCCAAGCCAGGGAGUAGCCUAAGAAAAUGGGCCAACCCUCGAGUUUCCUAUACGAUCAUUGCUUUUUGCUCUCUCCUACAAUUGCUGCUGUGUAUUUGCUGGUUGUCUCUCUAUCCUCCUUUUACAGAAUAUAAUACUAGGACUGAACCUGGACUAAUCAUUAUUGAAUGCAAUGAGAAUUCACCAAUUGCCUUCUGGUGUAUGUUGGGAUAUCUUGGCUUUUUGGCAACGUUCAGCUUUCUAGUUGCCUUUCUGGCCCGGCAUCUCCCUGACAACUUUAAUGAAGCAAAAUACAUAACUUUCAGCAUGCUGGCAUUUUUAAGUGUUUGGGUGUCUUUUAUCCCAGCCUCCCUUAGUGCACGUGGCAAGUACAUUGUAGCUAUGGAGGUCUUUGCUAUUCUAUCCUCUAGCUGGGCUCUGGUUGUUUUUAUGUUUGUGCCAAAGUGUUUCAUUAUACUCUUCAGACCCAACAUGAAUUCAAAACAACAUCUGAUGGGGAGACCCGUGGGUUAA